UACUAGGCUUGGAUUUACGCCUCGGGGAAUAUUCUGUCCAUCGGAAUCCGCGUUUGAAAUCGUCGCUUUUUCAUUCAAUAGAAUUGAAUUCCUUAAGUAUGCUUUGAUGAAAAAUUAUGAUUUUUUUUUUCCAAAUUGCUUACGAAGUUAUGGAAUGUCCUAGAACCUUUGUAGGUGACCCCAUAAGCUUAAAAAUACGUAAUUUGAGCCCACCGCUUCAUUGGUUCCGAGGUGGGCCCACUAUUUCCAAUUUUACCCUUUAUGUGUCUAUGACUUGUCUUCGAGCGUUUUCGUUAGAGAUACUCUAACUACUCCUUUAUCUACUAAAUAAAAAUUAUUUUAAAUAUUUCAUUAAGUCUUAUAAAUUGUUUUGAAUCUUGAAAACGAUCUCGGAUAGAUUAUGCCUCCGUAACCCGUUAUGACAUCUAAAUUUACUUACUAUGUUUCCGUCCGAUUUCAUUGAUUUGAUUUGACAUUCGAUAUGCCUCAUUGAGUCUCUGGAAAUAUAUAUAUGGUAUUUUUAGUGCAUUUAGUUUCUCACUACUCCGUUCGUGGAUGCCUCAAUGUUUCCCCCACUGAGCCCGGGCCAGGAUAUGUUGUCAAGCGUGAUCCUUUGCAUUGUUCGCCGUGCCUCGAUGUGAGGGGGCAGGUAUACGCGUACAUGGGUUUGUGGAGUAUGUUGUGCCAUGUACGCUUGUUCUGAUAUGAUUUGCUAUGGCCAUCUGAUAUGACAUAUUAUGUUACGGGGUUAUGCCCCUGUUCUGAUUCUUCUGUGUUGUGGCACCAGCGUCGGGAGGGUGGCCACGUUCUGUCUGCCGAGUCCCUUGGCAGGGGCCGGAUUUGAUGUGACAUAUGUUUCUGUACACACUCUGCAUGUUUUGAAAAUAUAUAUCUGAUACUUUGGGUUUUCUAUUUACUUUCUGUACGUUCUGUACCAGUUAUGAUUUUGUUUCUGUAAUUCAGGCUUUGCAUAUUCAGUACAUAUUUCGUACUGACCCCCUUUCUUCGGGGGCUGCGUUUUCAUGCCGCGCAGGUACCGACGACAGGUUUGCUGAUCCGUCCGCUUAGGAUCUUAUUCUCCUAUUUUGGAGCGCUCUCUUAUCCAGAGCCCAUCUUUUGUGAUGCCUCCGAAAAAGGCGACGGCUGCCCAGAAGAAAAAGGGCGUGGUAGGAGAGACCAGCCGGGCUCAGAAGGGUACUCGGACCCUUGCUCAGAUGAUGCGUGAUAUUGCGUCCCGGCCAGCAGACUCUGCUACGUCUUCAUCAUCAGAGGAGUCUGGGGCAGCUCCACCAGUAGCUCCAGAGGUUCCAGUACCUGAGCCUCCAGCUCCACAGCCAGGGGCUGAGGAUCGGGCUAUGAGAGAUGCGGUCCAGUUGUUGACCAGACUGGUAGCAGGGCAGGUUCAUAGGCACGGACUUGGGGAUGGUCGUGCAGACAGACGUGACAGUUCGAGAGCUCGUGAGUUCCUGACCUGUAAUCCUCCAGAGUUCUUCGGGACAAAGCCCGAGGAGGAUCCUGAGGAGUUUAUCAGGAAGAUGCGGCGCACUUUGCAUUUGAUUAAUGCUUCCGCGACAGAGUCAGUCACGUUAGCUUCGUACCGGUUGUAUGAUGUAGCGGCUAAUUGGUACGAGUCAUGGGAGUUAUCCAGAGGUGACGGCGCUCCCCCAGCAGUUUGGGAUGAUUUUUCUCAGGCCUUUCUUAGCCAUUUUCUGCCUCCGGAGUUACGGCGGGCCAGGAUCUAG